AUGGGUGACAAUACUUGCGUAGGUGUCACAGAAGUAUUGGCUUUGUUCAGUUGGACUGCUACUGCAUAUCUUCAAGAGUCCACUUGGCGACUGUAUCACACGGAGGACGCUAGGCGUCACGGGCACGAUACCACUUUGGUGCCUCUAAAGCCUAUGGUGACCACAGAGCUGGAGCAGCCAGCCAAAUGCCAGGACUCAAGGAGGAUGAUCCCCUUUACGAAGUCUCUGUCUACAGUUAGAAGAGAAGAAAGCAGCGAUCCUCUAUUGUCUCCAAACCGUCACGGAUAUCCUAUGGGAUGCGGAACUCGGUGCUUUGUGGCCUAUGAUCAUAAUGAUGGAGUCAAACCACGACUUGUACUUCUCAAAGAUUUCUGGCGCGUGGCCUCUGACAGGCGUGAAAGUGACGUGUAUGCCAAACUGAAAACGGAAGGGGUGCCGUACAUAUAUGACGCUGUGAUUGCCGGAGAUGUUCCAGGCAAGCUACAAGAGUGUGGCGCAGACAGGAACGGUCUCCACCGUCUUGUCCACUUUCGCGUUGUCCCAAGCCGGCUCGGGCGACCUAUUACGACCUUUGCUUCAACAUGGCAGCUUGUGAAGGCAUUGUCUUGCGCAUUCAAGGCUCACCAUCAAGCUUUCAAGAAGGCCCGCAGUCUACACAGAGAUGUUUCAGUCGGCAACAUCCUCAUUGAUACAUCCACCGGCGAUGGAUACCUCAUUGACUGGCAUAUAGCAAAAUCAAUUGACGAUGAGGCUCCGAGAACGCAUGAGCGAACAGAAUCAAAGGGAACGUUGCAGUUUCGUUCUGGUCGGCUUUUGGACCCUGAUUUGGAACCUGGAGAAGCGUUGCAUAAGGUCACUGACGACAUUGAAUCGUUCGUUCAAGUCCUUCUAUGGAUCACUUUGAGAUACGUCAAGAGCGGUUUGCAUUUUCAAAGUCGCAAGACUUUUCUUGCAUACUUCGACUCCGAGUCGGUAGCGGUAUCCAAGAUGAUGCUACUUACAAAUCCCAACGCCCCAUUGUCACUUUUGUCUUCUCCACACUUCAAGUCGCUCCUGUUAGGUCUUCAAUUUCACGCUGGACUGCAUCGCGCUGGAGAGGAUUAUCUCCCUAUGCUGAGAGAAGUAUGUGCCGAUUUGGAUCAACGUAUUGAGCGCAUGAACACCCACGACUGGAUGGAAGACUACCUCGAUAAAUGCCUGGCUAACGAGGAAUGGAAGUCGACAACGCAUGAUGGUUCGGAAGACCAAAUGCCCACUCUGGCCACAAAACGGGAAAGGGAAGAAGUAAAUAGAAAUUCGCAGGAGCCCAAAUAG